AUGAAUUCAUGGUAUGAUGAUAAUGGUAGUACGAGUAAUUGUGAAAAGUGCGAUGCGAAAAGCAAGGAGUAUCGUCCUAUUUGUUGCGCCAUUCAACAGAUUACAUCAAACUGGUCUACACUUCUAGAUUGUCAUAAAACAUAUGAUACUGUUGAUGAUAAUAAAUUCUGUGAUUAUUUGAUACAUUGGCUAUAUGGAAAGUUAUCAAACAUUGAAAUCAAUGUUAUAAAUCUUUAUGAAUUAUACAGGGAUGUGAACACACUUUUAAAGAGUAAAUGUUUUAAAAAUGAGCAAUUUGAAAAAUCAUACAAGACAUAUGUAAGAACACAUGAUAUGCAAAUUCUAAAAGAUAAAAAAGAUUUAUACGACUUUUUGGAAUAUUAUACAGAUAUAAAAACUGUACUUGGGAAAAAAGGUGCUAACAUAAAUUUUAAAUAUUGCAAAUAUAUUGAACAUAUGUUUGAUUUAUUCAAAUAUAUGAAAAACAAUAAUAUCAAAGAAGUGUAUGAUAAAGAAAUAGAACAAUUUGAAAAAAUAUUUAAUGAUAGAAAUAAUGAAUUAUCGCUUUUAAAAUCUUUUUGCACUGAAAAGGAUUUCAAUUUUAACUUAACAACAGAAAAUAAAAUUACGCACAUAUUAAAAAGGAACAAAUCUAUAUAUUAUGAAAAAGGGGAACCCGAAUCAUGUUUAAAAAAUGAAACAUCUGUUGAUAAUAUUCCUGAAAGAAAACAUAAAUAUGAAACUGUCUUAAAAGAUUUACCAGCUUAUCAAAUAUAUGAAAAAUUGAAUAAUACCGUUGAUAAAGAUAAAUACUGUAUUGAUUGCAAAAAAUUAAAAGAAUUAGAAAGCAAUUACCCAGGGAUUUAUCAGUUUUGCAAAAAGUUAGCAAGAAAUCUAAGAACAAAUUUAUCUGAUAUUAAAUCUCUUGAAAAAAAUGUAAAUGAUCGCUGCCUAUAUUUAAUUUAUUGGACUUAUGAAGAAAUAAAAAAUAUAUAUAAAGGCAAUAAAAAAAGAAUAUAUGAAAUACCUUUUUUUCACGAAAUUUUUAAGGUAGCUCAUGAUAUCAAUUAUCAAUUAACAGGAAAUGACAUUCUCGAUAAAUCUGAAGAUAUACAUAAUAAGUUUAAGGAGAAAUUUAAAUCAACACGAGAUAAGCUUAAAAGUAAACAUGCAAAUAAACCAUAUGAAUCAUAUAUUGACGAGUUGAAUAAUGAAUCGAAAGAAAGGUUUUACAAUAAUUAUGAAUUUACUAAUUAUAAGCCAUGUUUUUAUUAUUUUGAUUGUAAUUUAGAUGAAUGUGGAGAAAUGAGAGAUUUGUUUGAUUAUUUUAAAAAUUAUGAUAGCAUUAAAAGUAAAGAUUCUACUACUGGUAAUGAUGAUCAAAUAUAUUGUGAAUAUAUUUCACAUAUAAAUACAUUAUAUGGUAAGUAUAUAGAACAAUGUUGUUCUUGUUAUCAUAAUUCUAAUGAGUGCACAGAUGAAUGUCCACAUUACUUUAAAUGCGAUCAAAAGUAUAACCCUGAUAAACUCUAUUCCAAAUUAAAGUGCAAGGAUGAAAUACCCCGUAAAUUUUUCAAAAAAGUAGGGUUACCUGCACCCAUUGAUCAUUAUGCGCAAUAUAUAAAAAAUAGAAAAUAUGAAGAGCGACAUGUAUCUAAAACUAAUGCUGCUAGGCCUACUACAUUGGAAAACGAAAGGAAUAGUACUUCUGCACCUUCCAUUUCGGUGGACACGGAUAGUGUGGAAGAAUAUGACCCUUUCUACACUAUCGUAUUAGGGGUGCUCACUCUACUGGGAAUGUCCAUGAUUUUUUUUAUUUUUUGUAAAGUAAGCACAGAUAUAACGCUGCAUUGUAAAAUUUGUACGUUUAUUAUUUAUUGUGAAGAAAUAAUUGCAAUUAUAAGAUGA